UGCAUUGGAAGCGCGCUUUGACAGAAAUUUUGACACGCUCGGACUUUCAGAUCGUGAAAUUGCUGAUCAAGGACAAAAUACUUCCGAAUUGGAAAGGCAAGCUUUGCCCGAAGUGCAAUGAGGGCACGCUUUCACCAUUGAAAGUCCACUGUGGAGACACUGUGGCCAAGUACAGGUGCUCAAGGAAGGCUUGCCAGCAAAGGAUCCACCCCUACUACUUGCGUCCUUUUUUCCAAGCUUGCCGCGGGCCAGAGGCUCUAUUGCUUCAAAUCCAAGCAGGCAUACUUUUGCUCCUUCUCCUUCGAGUGGUCCAGAGUUCCAUUCACCUCCUCCUGGGCGUCAACCGCAAGGCAGUAGAAGGGAUGCAAAGGCGGUUAGAGUGUGUCCGCGAAAAGUAUGUGGAGAAGCGCGAGAAGAGCAUUGUGUUUGGCAAGAAUUCGAUGUGGGCUGAUGUUGAGGCGGAUGAAGCCAUGUUUGAUAAGAGAGACCUCACCAAUGAUGCCGAACUGAGCCAUCAGGUCAAAGGAGAUCAUUGCCUUCUAUGGGAGCAAUGGUGUGGCCUCGCGUACAAGCUCAAACUUCCAGGAGUGAUUCACGAUUCUGUUGUCCACCAGAAGAAGAGAGUCAAGCUGAAGGGCAAAUGGGUGUGGACGAAGCCUUCCUUCCUUGAGGUUGUCAGCCGCACGCUUCCUGAUGGUAAACGGCUGAAAGCGAAGGCUGGCACUCAGCACAUCGACCGGUGCUGGAAGUUUCUGAAGGACCGGCUAGGGACCCACAACCGGGCUGGCAUGGCAUGCCUUGGACGCAAAUUCGGGCAGCCCAGUAUGAGUACUGGCACCGGGGCAAUGACCUAUGGCUAUGACACCAACGUCGAACAUCUUAAGCAGGAAGAGUACACCCAGAUGGCGCAGUUGCCGGGCCGCGAGCAGGACGACGGGUAA